AUGAGUUGGCUUAUGUUUGUUCUUCAUCAAUUUCUUCUGCUAUUUCUCUUGUCUUCUUCUUCUUUUUCUACUUCUGCACGCCAUACCUGCCUUGAGGACCAGAGAUUUUCACUUCUCCAAUUUAAAACAACAUUUACCAUAACUGCUAAUGCCUCUUCUCCACGUUGUGAAUCUGAUUCUCAUCCUAAAAUGGUGUUCUGGAAUGAGAGUAGUGAUUGCUGCUCGUGGGAGGGGGUCACGUGCGACUGGUCCAAUGGUCAUGUGAUUGGACUUGACCUCAGUUGCAGCCACCUUCAAGGCACCAUCCAACCCAACACCACCCUCUUCCACCUUCGUCACCUCCAAACCCUCAAUCUUGCCUUCAAUGACUUCAAUUUCUCUACAAUUUCACCUGAUUUUGGCUCUUUUCCAAGUUUGACCCAUCUCAACCUCUCUUUCUCUAAUUUUACGGGCCGAAUUCCUUCAAAAAUCUGCCAUCUGUCCAAAUUGAUUUCCCUAGACCUCUCUUAUUUGGAUGGUUAUUAUUAUCCUCUCAAGGGGAGACUUGAACAACACACUUUCAAUAUGCUCCUUCGAAACCUAACCCAAUUAAGAGAACUACACCUUGAUUUGUUGAAUAUCUCUUCACCUUUACCUCAUGCUUUGCUAAAUCUAUCUUCUUUGACAUCUCUCAGUCUUGGUUAUUGUCAACUGCGUGGGAAAUUCUCAGAAAACAUUUUUCACUUUCCAAACCUACGAGAGCUCCAUGUAUGGGGAAAUCAGGACCUCACAGGUAAACUUCCAUACUUCAAUGCAACUAGUUCCCUUCAGUUUCUUGAUCUUGGCGACAUAAGUUUUUCUGGCCAAUUGCCUGAAUCAAUCGGCAAUCUUAAAGCCUUGGAUAUUUUGUACCUCUUCAACUGCAACCUUUCGGGGUCCAUUCCAGCUUCUGUUUGGAACCUUACAAAAAUCACCGAUUUAGGCUUCUGGUCUAAUAGUUUCAGCAGUCAAAUCCCCUCAUCAAUUUCAAACCUUGCAAAGCUUAGAGGCUUGUAUCUUUACGGAAGCAAUUUGAACGGACAAAUACCGGAUUCCCUUGGCAACAUGAGCCAACUUACUAAUUUGUAUCUUUUCGGAAACAAUUUGAGCGGUCAAGUACCGGAUUCCCUUGGCAACAUGAGCCAACUUACUAACUUGGUUCUUUCCGGAAACAAUUUGAACGGUCAAAUACCGGAUUCCCUUGGCAACAUGAGCCAACUAACUUCUCUCUAUUUGAGUUAUAACUCACUCAAUGGGACAAUACCAUCUUCGUUGUUUGCUCUGCCUUCACUGGUUUAUAUAGAAUUGAUUAACAAUAAGCUACAGGGACCAAUUCCAGGAUCAGUUUAUGAACUUCAGAACCUAACAUUCUUGCGGCUUUCAUCAAAUAACUUGAGUGGUGUAGUGGAUCUAGACAAGCUUCUAAAGCUUAAAAAUCUGAUCUCUCUUGAUCUCUCAUAUAAUGGUCUCUCAUUGAGCAUCAACAACAGUGUCAACUCUACCUUGACCAACUUUGAAACUAUAAGAUUAGCUUCUUGCAACUUGAGCGAAUUCAACUAA